AUGGGCGCUUUCGUGCUCUAGACCGUUGUUCCCGACUCGGAGAGAACGUUAAGAUUUUGUUUGGUGCGUAUUUUCGCAAUAAUGGACAACGAUUUUCUCUAGAAAACAAGCAAUUUCCCCCUUUUUGCGUUUAGUGGGCUAUGUGCAUCCUUUUAAAACUGAUAACCGCACCUUAAGAAAAGAACAUAAAGAUGUAUGUAUUUGUAAACAUAGUGGGCACUUUGGAUUGUAGGGCAUCGUAGUUUCAGGAGAACAAAUAAAAAAAAAAAAAAUGCUUCAAAAUAACUUAGUGUCUGUUUUACCUAAUGUUCCAUGAAAGCGCGCGCGCACACUCACCGGAGAAACAGUGGAGCUCGCACUGAAGUAACCAACAGUUUUCGGACAGUUGUUUUCCUCGUCGUUUUCGCACUCAUUUUAGUGGAGUUGCUGUCUUCUUUGUCGGGUUCUCAUCGUUGUACAGAAGAGAAGCUUCUCGCAUUGAGGCAUCGCUGAGCUCUGCGCACUUCAGAGGGCAUGUGGCUCUCGCGCGACGCCCGGAAACGCGCCUGCGCUCCAAGCAUCACCUGGAAGCUCCGCGCGCGAGCCUGACUUUUCACCAGCUUUCUGUCUACGGGCUACUUUUUUCUGUCAUCGGAAACGAUCAUGCGAUGAGUGAGUUUCGUCUGGGGUUGAUACCAGAAGCAAUUAGCCUACAGGAGGUGAAUGAUGGCUGAGGAUGGAGGAAAUAUUUCUGAGGAACACACAGCAAGGGAGGGAGAUGCUACAUCCUCUCUUCCGAGGACCUUCAUCCGACUGAACGAUCUGUCUGGUGGAGCAGAGCAAGGAGAUGAUGAUGACGCUCAUAAUGAAGCAGAGAGGAGGGAGAGCGCAGGAGGCCCAGUGGCUGAGGAAGCAGCUUCAGCCGAAGAAGGCGAAGAGGCUUUGCCUUAUCCCUCACUGGCACCUGUUGUCUUCUUCUACCUGAAGCAAACCACACGUCCUAGGAGUUGGUGUCUGAAAAUGGUCUGCAAUCCGUGGUUUGAACGAGCCAGUAUGCUAGUGAUUCUGCUGAACUGUGUGACUUUGGGCAUGUUCCACCCGUGUGAGGACAGUGACUGUGACUCCGAACGCUGCAAGAUCCUUGAGGAUUUCGACGACUUCAUUUUUGCAUUUUUUGCCGUGGAGAUGGUGAUUAAGAUGGUAGCGCUGGGAAUCUUUGGCAAAAAGUGUUAUCUUGGGGAUACCUGGAAUCGGCUUGACUUCUUCAUUGUGCUGGCUGGGAUGCUGGAAUAUUCGCUCAACCUGCAGAAUGUCAGUUUCUCUGCUGUUCGUACUGUCAGAGUGCUCAGGCCUCUACGAGCGAUCAACCGAGUACCCAGUAUGAGAAUCUUGGUGACUCUCCUGCUGGACACUCUUCCUAUGCUGGGCAAUGUGCUGCUGCUCUGCUUCUUUGUCUUCUUCAUCUUUGGGAUUGUUGGGGUCCAGCUGUGGGCCGGGCUGCUCCGUAACCGCUGCUUCCUACCUGUGAACUUCUCUGUUCCUCAAAGCGUAGACCUGCCCAAUUACUACGCCAUUGACGAUGAGAGCCCGUUCAUCUGCUCUCUGAUGGGGGAUAAUGGCAUGCGCCACUGCAACUCCAUUCCUAGGCUGCAUGAGGAGGGUCUACAGUGUCAGCUGGACAUGGGAGCCUACAAUAACACAGAUAACACCACAUGUGUUGAUUGGAACCAGUACUAUACCAACUGCUCUGCUGGAGAUGUCAAUCCUUUUAAGGGUGCCAUCAACUUUGAUAACAUAGGCUAUGCCUGGAUUGCCAUUUUUCAGGUCAUCACCCUGGAGGGUUGGGUGGACAUCAUGUACUUUGUAAUGGAUGCACACUCCUUCUACAAUUUUAUCUACUUCAUUUUCCUCAUUAUAGUGGGCUCAUUUUUCAUGAUCAACCUGUGCCUAGUUGUCAUAGCCACCCAGUUCUCGGAAACUAAACAGCGCGAAAGUCAGCUGAUGAAGGAGCAGAGAGUGCGAUUUAUGUCUAAUGCCAGCACACUAGCCAGCUUUUCAGAGCCAGGUAGUUGCUACGAUGAGCUCCUCAAAUACCUGGUUUACAUUGUCCGAAAAGCCACCAGGCAGUUAGGCCACCUUACUAGGGCAGCUGCUCGUCGGGCAGGCAUCAAGAUAUGCGCCUCACCUGCCCUUGAACCUCCAAAUGCAAAGAGACGACGGCAUAGGAAGCGGCAGAGCUCCAUUCAUCACCUUGUGAACCAUCACCAUCACCACCACCAUCACUACCAUCUUGGUAAUGGGAAUAUCCGGAGUGACAGUGGCCAAGAAAUAGAGGUGGCCUCUCUAAACAGCAACAGGAAUGGUGCAGGAACAGGACGUCUUACUCUCCCUACCAUUAUGCCUCUGCAGGACCCUUCCCCUACUUGCUCUACAGCUCUGGGCUCUAGCAGUGCCGAAUCAAUCCACAGCACCUACCACACAACCUGCCACUUGGAGCCACAUUGUGCCCCCACAUUAGGCCAUCCAGUGCUGCAGGCCUACAAGAGGAACUCUGUGCCAUUUGCUGCACCAGUGCAUAAGAACUAUCCAACUCUGCAGCCUUGUGUAGCCCUGGAACAGCUCAGGCAGAGGGCGCUGGAUCCAGGAGGAGCCUGUUGCACUGCCAACAUCCUCAGCAACCUCAACAUACCUCCAAACCCUAUCAACACAUCCCAGUGCCUACUGGACACACAAGGGCCUUCAGGGAACUCCUCACGCAAGCUUUCCAAUGCCAACUACAGUGGUACGAAUUUGGAUGCUAUGCUGACGUUUGACCCCGAGACAUGCCCCUACUGUAUUAAAUCACUGGGAAAUGAUUCAGAAGGAACUGAAGCGAAUGAGACCGCAGACUCAGACAGCGAGGGAGUGUAUGAAUUCACACAAGAUGCACACUAUCGGGAUGGCAGAGACCCCAAUAAGAAAAAGAAAUUUACAUUAGGGGCUCGGGCAGCAAAGGUAGUGCACUUCUGGAGACUGGUGUGUGAAACAUUCCGCAAGAUUGUUGACAGCAAGUAUUUUGGACGAGGCAUCAUGAUCGCCAUCCUCAUCAAUACCCUCAGUAUGGGAAUCGAGUACCAUGAGCAGCCUGAUGAGUUAACCAACGCGCUGGAGAUCAGUAAUAUUGUGUUUACCAGUCUGUUUUCGCUGGAGAUGCUCUUGAAGCUGCUGGUGUAUGGCCCUUUCGGCUACAUCAAGAACCCUUACAACAUCUUUGAUGGCAUUAUUGUCGUAAUAAGUGUGUGGGAGAUCGUGGGCCAGCAGGGAGGGGGCUUGUCAGUGCUGCGGACCUUCAGGUUGAUGCGGGUACUGAAGCUGGUACGCUUCAUGCCAGCGCUACAGAGACAGCUUGUGGUUCUGAUGAAGACUAUGGACAACGUGGCAACUUUUUGCAUGCUGCUGAUGCUCUUUAUCUUCAUAUUCAGUAUUUUGGGAAUGCACCUGUUCGGGUGUAAGUUUGGCUCAGAGAGAGACGGUGACACGAUGCCUGACCGCAAGAAUUUCGACUCUUUGCUCUGGGCCAUUGUCACAGUGUUUCAGAUCCUCACCCAGGAGGACUGGAAUAAGGUUCUCUAUAAUGGCAUGGCCUCCACUUCACCUGUGGCGGCUCUCUACUUCAUUGCUUUGAUGACCUUUGGGAAUUACGUGCUGUUCAACUUGCUGGUGGCUAUCCUAGUGGAGGGCUUCCAGACUGAGGAACUGUCCAAGAGGGAAGACUUACAUGGUCAGCUGAGCUGUAUUCAGCUGCCAGUAGACUCAGGGGGCGAUGGCUCCAAGUCGGGCUCGGAAGCAGAUUUCUAUACACAAAGCAUUGACGAUGUGUGCAGAAGCAAAAAGGAUGUGUCCGCUUCAUCUGUAGUGCCCAUCAAUGGCCAUGUGGAUCUGAAAGCCAGCCUUACACCUCCUCUAAUCACUCACACAGCUGCUACUCCCAUGCCUGUGCCCAAGAUCUCAGGAGGAGAGGACCUCACUUUGGGCUACGAAUCACGCAGGGGCAGCAAUAUUUCUGUUGAGCCUGGCUGCCAUGACAAAACUCCGUCGAGCGUGCGAAGCUCCCCUCAUGCCCCUUGGAGUUCCAGCGGUAGCUGGAACAGUCGACGGUCCAGCUGGAACAGUCUGGGCCGAGCCCCAAGCUUGAAGAGGCAGAAGCGGCAGUCGGGCGAGCGACGUUCCUUGCUCUCCGGGGAAGGCCACUCCAGCUCUGAUGACGAUGGUGCUGGAGUAGGCAGUGGUGGAGGACGGAUGUUGGAAGGUGAUAAUGUUUCCCUCAGCAGGACAGAUUCUUUUGGCCAAAGGCCACGGCACAGGCGCAUGGAAUCUCUGGAGACACGUAGCUCCUUUGACCUGCCUCCAGACACACUGCAGGUGCCAUACCUGCACAGAUCCGCUAGCAUACACAGCACACGGCCACCAAAUCUGAUCAGCAAUGGCAAGAGCUCGCCCACAGGGGCCACCACACAGCUCUCAUUAGAUGAUCCUCACAGUGAGGAUGACAAUGCUGAUGAAGAGGGAAACCUGAGUCGACGAGCACGUCUGUACCGAUGGCUGGAGCAUAAGCAGCCAGAAUGGUGCAGGCAGAGGAACACCUGGUCUCUCUACCUGUUUCCUCCUGAGUCCAGGAUUCGUGUGAGCUGCAAUAAAAUCAUCACGCACAAGAUGUUUGACCAUGUGGUGCUUGUUAUUAUCUUCCUCAACUGUAUCACCAUUGCCAUGGAGAGGCCCAAGAUCGAAGCCAAGAGUCCUGAGCGUAUAUUCCUGACGGUGUCCAACUACAUCUUCACAGCCAUCUUCGUGACUGAAAUGACAAUAAAGGUGGUGGCCUUGGGCUGGUGUUUUGGGGAAAAGACAUACCUGAAGAGCAGCUGGAAUGUUUUAGAUGGGAUGCUGGUGCUCAUCUCAGUCAUUGACAUCUUGGUGUCUAUGAUAUCAAACAGUGGCACUAAGAUCUUGGGCAUGCUGCGUGUGCUGAGGCUGCUCCGAACUCUCCGCCCCCUCCGGGUGAUCAGCAGAGCUCCAGGGCUGAAGUUGGUGGUUGAAACUCUGAUGUCGUCCCUUAAACCAAUCGGAAACAUUGUGGUCAUCUGCUGUGCCUUCUUCAUUAUUUUCGGCAUCUUGGGGGUUCAGCUGUUCAAGGGAAAGUUCUACGUGUGCCAGGGGGAGGAUAUAAGGAAUAUAACAAAUAAGUCAGACUGCCUUCUUUUUAAAUACAAGUGGGUUAGGCACAAGUACAAUUUUGACAACCUGGGACAGGCUCUGAUGUCUCUAUUUGUACUGGCCUCUAAGGAUGGCUGGGUCGACAUUAUGUAUGAUGGACUAGAUGCUGUAGGCGUUGAUCAGCAGCCUAUAAUGAACCACAACCCCUGGAUGCUGCUGUAUUUCAUCUCUUUCCUGUUGAUCGUGGCUUUUUUUGUGCUCAAUAUGUUUGUGGGUGUGGUGGUGGAAAACUUCCACAAGUGUCGGCGGCACCAGGAAGCCGAAGAGGCCAAGCGGCGCGAGGAGAAACGCCUGAAAAGAAUGGAGAAAAAGAGAAGGAAUAUAAUGCUGACGGGUGUCAGUUGGUCCAGUCCUGAGAGCGGAUUGACAGAGGCUCAGUGUAAGCCUUACUACUCAGACUACUCUCCCACUCGUCGUCUCAUCCACAAGAUGUGCACUAGCCACUACCUGGAUCUUUUCAUCACCAUCGUCAUAGGCCUCAACGUCAUCACUAUGUCCAUGGAGCACUACCAACAGCCCAAGGUGCUCGAUGAAGCGCUGAAAAUCUGCAACUACAUUUUCACCAUUAUCUUUGUGCUGGAGUCUGUCUUCAAACUUGUGGCAUUUGGAUUCAGGCGUUUCUUCAAAGACAGGUGGAACCAGUUGGAUCUAGCUAUUGUGCUGCUGUCAAUUAUGGGAAUAACUCUGGAGGAGAUCGAGGUCAACGCCUCACUCCCUAUCAACCCAACCAUCAUACGAAUCAUGAGGGUGCUACGCAUUGCCCGUGUGUUAAAGCUCUUGAAGAUGGCUGUGGGAAUGCGAGCUCUGUUGGACACAGUGAUCCAGGCCCUGCCUCAGGUGGGGAAUCUGGGUCUUCUCUUCAUGCUUCUCUUCUUUAUCUUCGCAGCACUGGGAGUAGAGCUGUUUGGUGAUUUGAUAUGUGAUGAUUUACACCCCUGUGAGGGCCUUGGACGCUACGCCACAUUCAAGAACUUUGGCAUGGCCUUUCUCCUGCUGUUCCGCGUGUCCACUGGGGACAACUGGAACGGCAUUAUGAAGGACACACUGCGAGACUGCGCUCAUGAUACUGGAACGUGCUACAACACAGUGGUGUCUCCUAUCUACUUUGUGUCCUUCGUGCUUACGGCUCAGUUUGUGUUGGUCAACGUUGUAAUCGCAGUCCUCAUGAAGCACCUGGAAGAGAGCAACAAAGAGGCGAAGGAGGAGGCUGAGCUUGAGGCGGAAAUGGAGCUAGAGGCAGUAGGGGGAGAUGGGGGGAUGACUAGGGGAAACAUUUCCCCUCUGGCCCUGCGAGACAUAGGUGGGCCUGCAGGGUCUCGCUGGAUCUCCAGAGACUCACAGGACAGAGGUUAUCCCCCAAGCAGCCCAUCAGCGGCCAUACGCAGAGACUCAUCAGCACACAAGACAGACCAGCCUCAAGGUCUGGAGCCUCUGUUACAGCGGAGGCCCAUGUUUGACUCGGUAUCCCUGGUGAUCCAGGGCUCAAUGGAAGGAGAGCUCAGCCUAAUGGACAACCUUUCUGGCUCCAUCUGCCACUACUACGCUCUGCCCCCUCUCCCCAGCAAGUACUGCAAUGAGAAACAGAUCCCCCUAGCUGAGAUGGAAGCUCUGUCUCUGGCAUCGGAGAAAUCCUGGUCCUUAGCUCUGACGGAUGACUCUGUCCCUGAUGAUUUUAAUCCCCUCUUACUAACCAGUCUGGAUUGCAAUAAUACAGAUCCUCCUGAACCAACAACUGAGUCUGUGCAACCACAGGAACGUCUGGAAGAGCACCUGCUGUGUGUGAAGAAGACUUCAGUGGGGCGUGCACACUCCUUACCCAACGACAGCUACAUGUUCCUGCCCCACCAGCCCAUCCCAUCCUCAACAACCCUCAUGACCUCAGCUCAGCAGACUCAGUCAGGCUCCAUUAGCUCUGUACAGUCUCAGACAGAGGAGACCACACAGCAGCUCACUGUACCUACAGAGCUCUUCCGGCCCAUCAGUCCCCACAGCCUGUCUGACUCAGAGUGUAUCCCCAGAAUUCCUCCCCCUCGACGUGGACACACACUCUCCCGUACCCUGCGCAGACAGGUGGCAGUGAGCACUGACUCUCAGGAGGCCUUGUACAUUAAAGGAGAGGAGAAUGAGAGCCCCAUGGGGCUUGGUGAACUCUCUACUCCUCACACUACAUUCCCAGCACUGCAGCAGUUUCCCCAACCAUCACUUUUCCUCGUUCCUGCAACACCAGGUGCUUCUCCCAAACCAAUGCGUGGCAGUGUGCACACACAGCACAACCCCCAUGAUCAAUACAACAUCUGCUCCAGGCACCAUUGCUCUCCCUCUGCCAAUGACAAAUCUUCUGAGGAGGACCCGGUGGAUCAGGAGGUGUCUCAAAUAAUCCGAUCAGGCUUUGAAGAUAAUAGGGGUCAGGACUGCAUUAGAGGAGGUGGAUUUGGGGGAGGGCUGUGUGAAGGCCGCGUCCCAUCUCUGAGGCAAUUCAAGAAGUAUCACAGUGCGGACGUGCAGAGUAGGCGGGCACCACUACUACUGCCACGGCCAUCUUCCUGGCUUGAUGACCCACGACGCCACUCCAUUGAGGUUUGUCCAUCGACGGAAAGCAGCCCCCAGAGGAGCUCAGUUUCCUCUGGCUUUGUGUCACGCGCAGACAGCUUACAACAGCCCUCGCCCCGAACACGCAAGAAGAAGAAAAUGAGCCCUCCUUGCAUCUCUGUGGAUCCUCCUGAGGGACUGGUGCUUCCGAGGGACUUCCAGAUAGUGUUGGACACUGGGAUGGGUACAAUGCCACCCUCUCUGCCCAGCAGGGACACCUGCCUGAGAAGGAGAGCCCCCUCCAGUGAAUCCAAGGACUCAUUUGAUCUGGGUGGAGGAGGAGAUGGGUUGCCCCAAGAAGGGGUUUCUAACCCCAAGCUAUUAACUCUGCCCAACUUCUCCUUUGAGAAAUCAAGCUCUGAGCACUGAACAUGUACACACAAAUGCACAAAAGUGCAUACGAAUGCAUAUAUGCACAUGAGUUAACAAGACAAUGCACUUUGUGUGUCCAUGACAGUGAUAAUAGUAAUAAUAGCAUAGAGAGUAAUAGUGUUAAACACAACAAUGGUGAAUAACCAGUGAUCAUGAUGAGUAGUGACCAUUUCUUGUCUUGUUCUGUACUGCCAAAAAAGAAAAACAAAACGACACUGUAAUGAGGACAAACCAAGCUAAUAACAGAACAGUUUCUCUUCCAUCAUGCCAGCAGGCGUAUGCUGGCAAUCCUAUGACCUCCUAUUAAAUGUUGUUAUUGGGGCCCCCACAGGGCUCCUUCUGGCUGUUUUGGAGACUUUUUAGCACAGCUCUUCUUCCACAAGAGCAGUGGUGAAGGUACAAAGCAAUAUGAACGUUUUAGAGACACUAUUUUCUUAAAUUAUUGGGCCAUAGUAUUUGUACAGGAUGUAGAUUUUUUUAAUUUCAAUAUAUUUUUAUUUGUGUCCCUUUGUGACUUUUCAAUGUUGAAAUUAUUUGUUGUUUUGCUUUAUUUUUUCACCAUAGGAUAUUUUUAGCUUUAGGGAGGAUUAAAAAAAAAGGAAAUGUUCUUUUUUGUUUAAG